AUGCCUGCACGGCCGUCACCGGGACCUGGACGCAGAUUCCGUCGCCGAUCCCUCAGUACAGUUCUCCUGAACAUCCUGUUCUUCGUUGUCCACCGCCUCUACUUCCAUCCCCCGUCUCGCUACAAUGGCCCUCUCCUCUGGGCGCUGACUCGCGUCUUCUACAUGCUGGCUUUUCGCUCUGGGCAGCUGGCACACAAGAUCAAGCAGUUCUACGAGCAGUACGGCGACACCGUUCGCGUCCCCAACGAAGUAUCCUUCAUCAACUCCGACUGCCUUCGGCGAAGACUUUGGCUGUCUCGAGCACAAUCGCUACCACGAGUGGGUGGGGGUCCAGGUCUACUCGCUGAACGCCAAGGUGCAGCUGGCGGCCUGUCGGUUCUACCGUUGGCUCUUUCGGCUGCUGGUGCGGUCGAUGCUGGCCUCAGCGCAGGUAGCGAUGGCCAAGCAUCAGGCGAGGCCCCUGUCUUCAAUGCGGCGAUUAAGGAAGGCAUUCGCUUGACCUCACUGGUGCUGUUGGGGCUGACGCGCCGCGCGCCAUCGGGGGGAGCCAUCUUUUGCGGCGCUUACUUUCCCGAGGGGACGGUGGUCUCCUACAUGCAAUGGGCGGCGAACGUGUCGGCCAAGAAUUUUACAGACCCCACGGAGUUUACGCUGGAGCGGUGGCUGCCACCCGUGGGACCGCGAUACCAGCACGACCGGACGGACGCGACCCAGCCGUUUCUGCAGGGGCCGCGGGAUUGUCUCGGGCAGAACCUGGCGAAGAUGGAGAUGGCGCUGACCGUAGGGCGUCUGUUGUACGAGUUUGAUCUGUCGGUGCCGGCGGGCAUGGGAGGAGCAGGAGACGUAUACGGUGUGGGUGAAGUCGCCGCUGGGGGUGCAGAUGAAGGGGGUGGUGAUGUGAGUUGA